GUGAUACUUUUCUUCUCAAUGUUAAUUGAUAUAUUAAGUUUGAAUGCCCGCUUCCUGCCAAAACUGAAAAAAAAAAAACUGCAAGGGUGUUGUAUUAAAAUAAAAGAAAAAGAAGGAAAUUUUCGAAAACUAAACCAAUUUUGGCCGUUCAGUGAUGUUUAAUCAGUUUUUCUGAAGUCUUUUAGCUCAAGUGGUUAAGAGCAUUUAUCCAUACACCUAAAGUCCUAUGUUCGAUUCCCCACUCCCCAAUAUCACUUGUAUAAAAAAAAAAAUAUAUAAAAAAAAAGGGAUAAAUUGGACAAAGAAAAGGCUAAAUUGGAUCAAAAGAAAGUUCGGCUUCUGGAUUCUAAGUCCAACUGGUCGGCCCAAAUUUCCACCCAAGCCCAAAAAUUGGCAGAUCUUUCAGUAAAUUCUCUCUCUCUCUCUCUCUCUCUCUCUCUAAUUUUGAAUUUCGCAUGCUGCAUUUCGGUGUACACACUACACAGGGCGGGAGCAAAAGAGAUAGAAAAGAACAUGGAAGAAGACCCAAUUCCUUCUUCAGAACCACUCGACCUUAACACCAUUCAGAGACAAGUGAGAGAGCUGGAAGAGAUUAUCGAAAGUUGUCGCCAAGACGAUGCCUCAGAAUUAUCCCCUUCAGAUUCUGAUGAUUUAAUCAGAAACUGCGGUCUCCUCCUCCAGAGCAGAGUUGAACAGAUAGUAUCAGAAUGCUCUGAUGUUGGUCUCUUAGAGGAUCAAGAAUUUGAAGCAUACGUAGGACGUUUUGAACAGGAGCUCAACUCUGUGGAGGCUGAGAGCACCAAGGUCUCAAAUGGAAUUGAGGAUCUCAUUCGAACCCAUGGGGAAGAUUUUAAUCGACUUGGCACUGAUCUUGCACAGUUGAAAUGUUCAUUAGAUUUUGUUGAAGAAAAGGAUCUGGAGAAAGCAAAACUGGGUGCAGAUGUUGAUUACCAUAAAUGUGGGAAAGAUCUGUUGGAUCCGAUGAAUGUGAAUGCAGACAAGUUUGAGCUACUGGAACUUGAAAAUCAGAUUGAGAAGAACAAUAUAAUUUUGAAGUCUUUACAGGAUUUAGAAUGUACACUUAAAUGGCUUGACAACACAGAACAGAUUGAGGAUGCAGUUACAGGUCUGAAGGUCAUUGCUUUUGAGGGAAACUGCGUUAGGUUGUCACUUAGGACAUACAUUCCGAAGUUGGAAGACCUUUUCUCCCCAAAAAAAGUUGGAGAUGCCACUGAGCCAUCUGAAGUAAAUCAUGAGCUGCUAAUUGAACUUCUGGAGGGGACUAUGGGUUUAAGGAAUGUUGAGAUUUUUCCAAAUGAUGUAUACAUAAACGAUAUUCUUGAUGCUGCAAAGUCUUUGAGGAAAUCUUCAUUGCAGUGGUUUGUAACAAAAGUGCAAGACAGAAUAGUUCUAUGCACCAUGAGGCGACUAGUGGUAAAAAAUGAAAACAAAUCAAGACACUCAUUGGAGUACUUGGAUAAAGAUGAGACAGUAGUGGCUCAUGUGGUUGGAGGAGUUGAUGCAUUCAUCAAGGUCCCUCAAGGUUGGCCAUUGUUAAGUUCUCCAUUGAAACUGAUAUACCUCAAGAGCUCUGAUCAACAUUCAAAGGGAAUUUCUUUAAGUUUUCUUUGCACGGUUCAGGAAUUGGCAAAUUCGUUGGCUGUACGAAUUCGGCAGACUCUAUCGAGUUUUGUGGAUGCUAUUGAAAAAAUACUUGUAGAGCAGAUGUGCUCAGAAAUCCAUGGUGAUGCUUCUGAACAAUGACUUGUAUAACACUUGUGAUACUAAUCACACAUGUAAAAUAGCUUCCAGAUUCCAGUGUUGUCUUGUACGUUUACAAAUUAUCAGACUGAAAUGAUUCGGAGUAUUGUAACGAUAUUGUUGAAAUGAGAAAAAGAAGGGGUUCUUAAGUAAGUCCCUAGAGCAACACGUUUUGCCAUAAAUA